AUGGGAAAGACGUCUGGAAAGAAGAAUUUGACUGAUAACGAGAAAAGAGCCCUCGUAGCGGGUCGUCGAAAUGGGCUGACUUUGAUAACGCUGGCAAGAAUGUUCAGCGUGACAGAAGCGUGUAUUUCUCAAUUCUUAAAACGCUGGAAGGCUCAGGGUGGCUUUCCCGUGAGCCACCGCACUGGAAGACCACGUGUCACUGAUCCCAAUGACGAUAGAAACAUUUUGAGGACCUCUAGAAGCAAUCCAAGACUGACUGCCCCUGCGAUCAGACGGGAAGUUUUCGUGAAUUCGCCAUCUCCACCAUCCGUCUCGACCGUGAAACGUCGUCUAAAUGCUGCUGGAAUCAUGGGAAGACGUCCAGUAAAGAAACCGUUGAUUUCUGAGAAGAACCGAUCAGCCAGAGUGAAGUGGGCAAAGGAUCACCUCAACUGAGGACUGGAACAGGAUUCUGUGGUCCGACGAAAGCAAAUUCCUGCUCUUCGGGAGUGACCAAUUGGUUCCAGAUAUGAUCCAAAAUAUCAACUGCCGAUUGUGAAACACGGUGGAGGUUCGUGCAUGGUGUGGGGUGCCUUCUCUGGAAAUGGCAUCGGGCCGAUUCAUCGCGUGAAGGGCAUCAUGGAUAAGAACGUCUACAAAGACAUUCUUCAAGACAAGAUGUUGCCGCCCUUGAGAGCUAUGGGUCGUGGGAGUGUUUAUCAACAGGAUAACGAUCCAAAGCACACUUCUCUCUUUGUCAAGGUGAGAAAAUUGACAAGUAAUCCGUAUUAUGUUGAGUUUCAGGAUUGGUUCAAGAGCCGUCGGGUCAACGUCAUGGAGUGGCCAAGUCAAUCUCCGGAUCUCAACCCGAUCGAACACCUCUGGGAGGAGUUGGAGAGACGUUGUGCUAACAAAAGAGCCAAGAAUUGCGACGAGAAGUCUGCCCAACUGCAGUCAGAAUGGAAUCAGAUCCCCAUGUCGACCAUCGACACUUUGAUCGACUCAAUGCCCAGAAGAUGCCAGGCAGUUAUUGAUGCCAAGGGCUUUGCAACGAAGUACUAGAUCCCAAAUAUUGUUUUAUCACUGCUUUUUGUUAAUAAACUUUGUUUUCGUUGAGCCAAGAUAAUUUUUAAUGAAAAAUACCAAAAAAAUUCGAUUUUUUUCAAAAAAAUUCGAUUUUUUUCUCGAAAUAUUUUUUUAUUGAGCUAGUGGCUUAAAAAAAUUGCCAGAACACGCCUAACCCUUCCAGGAAAGUAUGGAAAAAAAUUUGGACCGAUACCAUAUCUCAAAAUAAAUGUAUCACCAAAAAACCAAAACUUAAUAUACUUUUGAGCGGUACUGUAUAUCUCGAGAACCAAUGAUUGUCUCAAAAACAUGUAAACUGAAAAGUUGUUGCAAAUGUUCUCCUUAACAAUUUUGUAGUUGACCAAUUCGUUCUGAAACCACUAAUUCUUGAGUUAUGACGCUGUUUCUGAACAGUUUACACAAACUUGCCAAAGAGAUAUUAUUGCACUAGAUUUUCAGCGAAAUGCUCGGUAGACAUUCGCCAAGAUCUACAGUAACCUCGUGACACUGUUCUCUGAUCAUCUCUCCUCCCAGUUAUUUUCAGUCCUUGCCGAAUGGUUCCCCAAUUGGAAACUGUUAACACGCUCCCGCUCCCUUUCCAAUUUUGCAAACUUUCCCUUUCGGUUUCUCGCUUCGGUGUCGUCGUCGUCGAAAAGGCAGAUAACAGCAAAGUUUCCUGAAAAAAGAGACACUUGACGACGGAGAAAGAGUGCGCGAAAGUGUGGAGACGCCGACAAACCAAUGAUACAGGUAACGGAGAACUGGUUUUGACGGUCGAAAACAGGCGGAACCGAAGGAUCUGAUAAUAAACGGAACUGUACUUAAGGCCGACCCGAACCGAAUUCGAGACGCCGCACACUUUCUCUUUUUUUGUCAGGUUACUGUAGCUACACGCUCCUCAAUCAAUGCAUUCUCUUUUCAGAAUGAGCAACACGCUCAUCGUGGCGGGAUCCGCCACCAUGCUUGUGUGCGUGGCCGUCGCGCUCUACACGAUGGCCGCUCUUCUCUCGGACAUUUCGCAACUCCAGUCCGAUUUCGACGACGAAAUGUUCGAGUUCCGCGCGAUCACCAAGGACACGUGGCAGCGCAUCGUCACGAAGCACACGCAUCCACGUGGAAUGAUCUCCGCCCAGCCCACCUACGAGAGUCUGUUCGGAAGCGGCGCCCGUGUGGCCAGACAGGCCUAUCCGGAGCAGUGCAACUGUGGGCCAAAGUCCGAGGGAUGUGCGGCUGGACCGCCAGGACCACCGGGAGAGGCGGGAGAUCACGGAGAGCCGGGCAGGGACGGAGACGACGGAAAACCCGGAGCCCCCGGUCCCAUCGUCGCCAUCACGCACGACAUCCCCGGCGGAUGUAUCAAGUGCCCGCCAGGCCGUCCGGGACCACGUGGACCUUCUGGACUUCCAGGAUCGGCUGGACCAGCCGGAGGACAGGGACGCAACGGACCACCGGGACCACCGGGAGGACCAGGAGGACCGGGAGAGCAGGGAGACGCCGGAAGACCAGGAGCCGCCGGACGACCGGGACCUCCAGGACCACGCGGAGAACCGGGCACCGAGUACCGACCGGGACAGCCGGGAAGAAUUGGACCACCAGGACCACGUGGACCACCGGGACCGGAAGGAAAUGCAGGAGCUCCAGGGGCAGAGGGAAAUCCGGGUCCAGCUGGGCACGGAGGUAUUCCUGGACGGCCGGGAGUGCCCGGAAAGAGUGGAACUUGCGGAGAGGUGGGUGGAAUUCUGGGCCAUCUGUGGGCUUUUAGGCUCUUCCUAGACCAUCCUGAACCUCAAAAUCAUAUAAAUUUCAGCACGGAGGCGACGGAGAGCCAGGACCGGAUGCCGGAUAUUGUCCAUGUCCGUCUCGCAGCUACAAGCUCUAA